AUGGAAAAGCCUCCUUUGACUUUUGAAGAAUUCCUACGGUCUCAAGACUUGAAGGACUGGCCGAGAUAUGUCUGUUUGGAUGAGCCUUAUUUGGUGGAUAACUUAAGAAAAGACUGUUCCUUCAGCGCGGUCGCUAAGAGGCUGUGUGAACAUGCUCCACUGACCGUCAGUUCGCUCUCAGAUUUUGAGAAGAGAAUGAACACAUGCCUCGUUGAACUAAAGAAACAUGCUGUAAGAAUCUUUUCAUUACAGUGUGGACCAGCGUCUCUAGAAGAACAGCUAAUUGCCCCUGAACAGAAGAUUCCUAUUGAGCAAAUUGAUUCAGAGCUUCUGACUUGGGAAAGUGAGACGAGGAAAACAAAGGUUGCCAAACGCAUUGCUGAGGAGUCAAAGGGUUGA